UGGUGUUGCAAUUCCUUAUCAGCGGUACCAAGCUAUCCGUGCGCCACGUGCACAUUUGAACCGCCCUGAUCUUUCAAAACCGGCCCCACUGAUGUGUUCUCGGCCCUUUCCCCCUUAAAUCUCUGUUCCCCCUCCAUCAUCAACGAGCCGACAAGUUGCAUCCAUCAACCAUCAUCCCCUUCUUCAUUGAUCGAAACCCUCGAAUUUCUGAUAGAAAAUCUCAGCAAGAAGAAAUAAUUAACCGACCGCUCUUGAUCGGAUUGAUCGAUUACAGUUUGGGAUGGGGGAGGAAGCCGGAGCAAGUGGCGAGGGUAGGGUUUUGGAUUGGGAGGACGGGCUCCCAACUGGAGAUCAUCUUACUCCUCUCUCAACUCACCUGGUUCCGUCGGAACUCGCAUCCGCCUUCAGUAUUCCCCCUGCUGACCCCAAAACCAUGCUCGACGUCGAUAGAGCUAGUCAGCACACCAUCUCCUGUCUCACAGCCCGCCGUAAAGCCGCAUCCUCUUCUCUUCUCGAUGGAUUGCCGAAGCCCUUUGCAUCUGGUGCACCCGAUGGCGAAAACUGCUUCAUAGUUGUCGAGGCUGAAGACUCGGAUGAGUUUCCUCUUUCGGAGAGAUUAGGAAGGCUGCCCCAAAUUGGAGGUGAGGAGGAUGCUGAUUCCCCUGCCCUUCAUGGUGAAAACUCGUGGGACGACCAGCGGGUGCUUAAACGGCCGCGAUUGGUGUGGACGCCGCAGCUUCACAAGAGGUUCGUGGAGGUGGUAGCUCACCUGGGCAUCAAGAACGCGGUGCCCAAAACCAUUAUGCAGUUGAUGAACGUGGAUGGGUUAACUCGGGAGAACGUUGCGAGCCACCUCCAGAAGUACAGGCUCUACGUCAAGCGGACAAGUGGGUAUUCCAAUGAGGGCCUUUCAUCUUCUGAUCAUACUUCUGCAUCUACUACGGUUAAUCAAAAUUUCCACGAGCAGCAGCCGCCAGAACCUUCGUCGACGCCGCCGCUGCCACCGCCAACGCCGCCGAAGACUAAUUCGAUGGCGAUGCCGUACACCGUCCCGGCAAUGAUCCCGAUGCCGAUCUACGCCUUUCCACUUCAUCAUUCGCAUGGAGUAGUUCCAUUAAAUAAUCAUCAGGGAGGCACGCCUUACCAUGGAUUUGAUACUUCUAAUCGUUAUUCGGCGAAUAAUUAGUCAGGUACGAAGAGAGAGGAGUAGUGAAAGGAUGAAGUUUCUUCAAGAUCUUGUUCCAGGCUGCAACAAAAUCGUAGGAAAUUCCGCAUUUUUCUUGAUGAGAGUAAUCUACUACGUACAGUCACCGUGACGACAAGUCGAGCUUGCAGUUGUGAAUCCAAUGUUGGACUUCAACAUAGAAGUCUCUAAAGAUGUAAGAUAUAAAUUGCACUGAUCAGAAUUUAAGAAAGAGGACUCUUUCUCUCGAGCUGAAUUAGACUCAAUUGCUGAAAAACUUGAUCAUGAUGAUCCUGACAAAGGAAGAUGGACUCCACUUUCCGUAAUUUUUAAAACUCACCACAACGAAUUAACAACGCUCGAGACACGAAACACAAAAGCUGGUUUGGCAUGAUCAUCGCAAUAGUUCGUCUUCAAUCAACCUUUCUUCUGCAACUUUACUCGGCAUUGUCCUUAACAUUCUUGUGAAGCGAUUCGCCGGACUUUGGCGAGGCCGGCAUUGGGUUUCGAUACGGCGCAUCGAUGGAAUCUGGUAUAACUUGGACAGCGAUCUUUCUUCGCCCAAGCCAUUUCGAAAUUUGGAUGAGCUGACAGGAUUCCUGGACCAAGUCAUGGUCAGGAUGGCGAGUUCUGGUUGUCUUUCAUGACAAACUUUGAAAACCGUCUCGUGGUUUUUGAAUUUGCACUUUUAACUGAUGCAAUUUUGGGUAAGCGUACAUGCCUGAAAGAGGUUGUAAUUCCUAGUUGUUUAGUUUUUCUUGGAGAAAUAUUUUGCUUCUGGGGUUUCUAAUGCAAAUUUGUGUUGGCUUGAGGUUUGUUAGGCAAAUAAUCAAAGCAAAAAUUUGCAUAGUUUUAUGGUGCUGUUUUUGAUUGUAUAUUUCUUCAAAACCUUGUCGGUGCUUAGUUAUAGGCAUGUGAUGCAAAGCUGAUGAUAUAUUGACUUCAAGGUUUGAUGUAAA